AUGAGCACAGCUAUGAAGGGAGCAGACGCUCGUAAGGGUGCGUUCAAGAAGACCAUCGAUGCCGAAGAAGGUCGUCGGCGUCGUGAAGAGACAACGGUGCAAAUUCGAAAGACCAAGAAAGAUGCUCGUCUGGCCAAGCGUCGUCAAAUGCCGACUGGAGGUUUGUCGGCCCCAACUCCUGCCGGAAUGGCCGCCGCUUCCAUGUUGAUGAACAGCGGCGACACUACCUACUCUAGUAUGGUGGAUGCCCAAAGCCAGGGCUUUGGUGCCAGACCUGGUGCAAACGUCAAUGCCAGCAAGCUAGACCAAUUGCCGCAAAUGGUGGCUGGUGUCAUGGGCAACGACCCUGCCGUUCAAACGGAGUGCACUACUCAGUUUCGUCGUUUGCUGAGUAUCGAAAAGAAUCCUCCCAUCCAACAGGUCAUUGAGGCUGGAGUGGUUCCACGAUUUGUCCUAUUUUUGCAGCGAGAUGACAAUCCAGCCCUCCAAUUCGAGGCCGCCUGGGCACUCACCAACAUUGCCUCUGGAACCAGCGAACACACCAAAGUCGUCAUGGAAGUCGGCGCUGUUCCAGUGUUCGUCCGAUUGCUCUCUAGUCCCAAUGAUGACGUGCGAGAGCAAGCUGUUUGGGCGUUGGGAAAUAUUGCUGGAGAUUCUCCACCAUGCCGUGAUUUGGUUUUGCAGGCCCAAGCCAUGCAACCCCUUUUGAUGCAGCUCCACCAAAACUCGAAACUGUCCAUGCUGCGCAAUGCCACAUGGACUCUCUCCAACUUUUGCCGUGGAAAGCCUCAGCCUGACUUUGAAAAUGUCAAGCCUGCUUUGCCCACUCUGGCGCAGCUCAUUUUCAGCCCCGACGAGGAAGUGCUCACGGAUGCUUGCUGGGCAUUAUCGUACUUGUCGGAUGGACCCAAUGAGAAAAUCCAGGCUGUCAUUGAAUCGGGUGUCUGCCGACGACUCGUGGAGCUCUUGCUGAACCCUUCUCCCGCGGUUCAGACUCCGGCACUCCGCACGGUUGGAAACAUUGUUACUGGAAAUGAUCUCCAAACUCAAUUCAUCAUCAACAACAAUGCCUUGCCUUGCUUGUUGGCCCUGCUCUCCAGUCCAAAGAAGGGAAUCCGAAAGGAAGCCUGCUGGACCAUCUCCAACAUUACUGCCGGAAACAAGGAUCAAAUCCAGGCUGUCAUUGACAACAACAUUAUUCCUCCACUCAUCCAGCUGUUGACCAACGCUGAAUUUGAUAUUCGAAAGGAGGCGGCUUGGGCUAUUUCCAACGCUACAUCGGGCGGGAACCCCAUGCAGAUUCGCUUCCUCGUUCAGCAAGGUUGCAUUAGACCAUUGUGCGACCUCCUUACCGUCAGCGAUCCUAAGAUUGUCACCAUUGCCUUGGAAGGACUGGAGAACAUUCUCAAAGUUGGCGAAGAAGAUUCUAAAAACACUGGAGGGCAAAACCCAAUGGCUGUCUUUAUUUCCGAAGCCGAUGGUCUCAAUAAAAUCGAAGAAUUGCAGCAGCAUUCCAACAAUGACAUUUACGAACGUUGCAUCAAGAUCCUCGAAACGUACUUUGGCGUCGAGGAAGACAUGGUGGAGGAAAUGGCUCCUACCACUCAAGGCGACCAGUUCGGAUUUGGAAUGGACCAACAGGGAGGCGCACCAGGCGGCGCCUUUGACUUUUCCGGUUGA